UCUGUCGGAAAUGCUGUUGCUGUCGACUACGGCAUCGUGGUCAGUGGUUAAAUAGCAGCGUUGGUGCUUUGAUCGAGAGGCACAACCAACGCAAUACAUUCUCUCUCUCUCUCUCUCUCUCCCUCUCUCUCUCGCUCGCUCUCUGUCUGUCUCUUUUAUCAUUCGUUUCCCUCAGAUGAACAAGAAUCAAUGAAUUUCGAUUGAUCAUGGAGACAGUUUAAUUGAGUUAACAUAUCAAUGACAACGAGCCGCCGGAUGAGGACGUGCAACUGUACAAUGUUUAAAUAAAUAAAUAGGAAAAAUAGAUUAAACAAGGCGCGCAGCUGUACAACUCAACUUAAUACUCUCCAUCAUCCACUGUGCGUGUAAAAAUAACUCUUCAUCUUCAUUCGCCUGCUCCUCUCCUUGUUUCAUUUUUCAACUUGAAUAAAACAGUUCCACUGUUGGGGCCAACUCGAGGACGAAUGUGUCAUGACAGUUUCAGCCAGCGACGCAUUGAUGACUCUUGCAGUUAUCGUUUAUACAUCCAGUGAAGCUUGAGAAAGAGCAUUCGUGAAGGGGAAAAAAAACCAAGUGCAAGGAUAAUAGUUUCGAGUUUAAAACGACACACUGACGGCCGUUUUAUUGUUGAUUUUAUUUCAUUUCUGAGUGCACAAUGGCAUCAAUAUAAUAAAGGUGUAAAUAAUGGGAAUCGUGUGGUGCAGUGGUCAAGUAGCAGCGAAACAUGGCAGCCGACUAUGACGAGUGAUUUUCAAAAAAAAUUGUUUUUUCAAGGAGACUAACCCGAGGCUGAUCCUUUCCACUCAUCACCCUGGGGAAUAUAACCAUUUGGAUUGUUGUGUUUGUUUUCAAUAGUUUUGGACAUUCAAUAGACCUACUACUGCUGGUGAAUUAAUAAUUCAUAAAGGAUGUCGCGAGUGUCUUUGACUAAAUCACAGCAUGGCCAGUAUGGCUCAAGACGCGUCAGGAAAAUUAGUACGACGGAGAGUGAGUACUCAGUGGAGGAGCAGGCACGACUGACUGAUGGAGGUGUUGAUGAGACAUCUCCUGAUGACGAUGGGGGAUCACUCUGCGAGUACCACGACAUACCACCACCUCCUGAUGGUGGUUAUGGUUGGGUCGUGGUAUUUGCCUCCUUCAUGUGUAAUAUGAUUGUCGAUGGUAUUGCAUAUACGUUUGGAAUAUUUUUGGAAGAAUUUGUGAGGUACUUUGGCGAGGGUAAAGGAAAAACCGCAUGGGCCGGAUCAUUGCUCUCUGGAAUGUAUCUCAGUGCUGGUCCUGUUGUGAGUGCUCUUACGAAUAAAUAUGGAUGCAGAGCAGUUUGUAUAGCUGGCAGUUUUAUUGCUGCUGCGGCAUUUUUCUUAUCAACAUAUGUGAAGACUGUGAAUUCGCUGAUGCUGAUUUAUGGUGUUGUAGGAGGAAUUGGUUUCGGUUUGAUUUAUCUGCCAGCCGUUGUCUGUGUCGGUUAUUACUUCGAAACCAAGCGAUCAUUAGCGACUGGUAUUGCCGUUUGUGGAUCGGGUUUUGGAACAUUUGUCUUUGCUCCUCUCGCAACGACACUUAUCGAAGAGUAUGGUGAUUGGAGACAAGCACACUGGAUACUUGCAGGCCUUAUACUUAACUGUGCUGUAUUUGGGGCACUGAUGAGACCACUCGAGUACCCAAAGCCAUCAUCAGUGAAACCACUGCUCCAACGAAUGGCUGAGGAGAAACGAUUUCAAAUGGAACGUGGAAGCAUUGGGGGCUCGUACUUCAUGGUCCAACUUCCAGAUGGCUCGAUGGAGAAGCGAAUGAAGAUGCCAAUUAAUAUUGAUCCUGGUGUACACUCCAGUUUCAAUCUCGACCAAUUAGUGCCUGGAACGCCUUUAACACCAGUACCCACCGUGCCGACCCUGCCAACAAUAUCGGAGGUCAAGGUCCAGGAGCACUCCUCGAGUGCAGCAACAAGCAAGAGUGGUAGCAUGGACCUAAAGACAGGUAAAAACAAGAGCAGAAAGAGCAUUGAUGAAACCAAAGAUGAGACAAAAGAGAGUGUCGACAAAACAGAAAACGAGUUUAAUAAACCGAUAAUACCGAGGAACGCCUCGCAGCCAGCAUUCACCACUCACGUUCAAGGUCUCCCCAAGAAUGGUUCAGUCCCAUUUUUCGAUAGAAUCCGCAAGACUAGCACUGGAGAACGCUACAAACCGAGUUUGAGUGCAAUUAAAAACUCGAGAACAACCCUAAACUCCAAUGGAGACAUUCGUAAAAGUCUGCAUUUGAGAUUGUCCAACAGCAGCAUGCUUGGCUCUCGUCUCAACAACAUGGAAGGUGAUGACGGUGAGAGCAUAACAUUCACCACCAGCAAGUCCAGUAUUCCAGCAGUGACAAAGCAGAAGACGAGCAUCGUUCGUCCCAUGUCUCGAAAGGAUAUCUUCUACAGUGGAAGUGUUCUCAAUCUACCAGAGUAUCAGAGCCAAAAGUCACUUGCUAACUAUCGUCAGAGUGUCCUCUCACUACCCAAAUCUGUUCGAGGCGAUGUGAGAGAUGGAGAUGUGGAGAAACCACCUCUCCAGCCUCUGUGUCCAUGCUUCCAACUACCCGAGUCAUUUACUGAGGCCUUGGCGACCAUGAUGGAUGUCUCUCUUUUGAAAAACCCAGUCUUUCUACUCAUUGGCAUCAGCAAUGUCUUUGGCAUGGCCGGACUUUACAUACCAUUUUUCUAUCUGGUGGAUGCAGCUGUAGCCAAGGGAAUCCCCAAGAGCUCAGCAUCACUUCUGCUUUCCAUAAUUGGAAUAACAAACACAGUUGGACGUAUAGUUUGUGGUUUUGUAGCUGAUUUUCCACAAGUGGAUUCUCUUCUGUUGAACAACAUUUGCCUGCUAAUUUCGACAGUGGCUGUUACUGCGACGCCUCUGUGCAGCAGUUUUCCUGCCUACAUUGUGAUGAGUGUUUUCUUUGGAAUAGCAAUUUCUGGAUAUAUUUCACUGACUUCAAUCAUCCUGGUGGACCUCCUGGGAUUAGAUAAAUUGACCAAUGCAUUUGGUUUACUAAUUCUAUUCAGAGGUGCUGCUGCAAUUGUUGGGGCACCACUCGCCGGUUGUAUUUACGACUUAACAAACACUUUUGAUAUACCAUUCUACAUGGCUGGGUUCUUCUUCUUCCUCAGUACUGUCUUCAGCUUUGUGGCACCUGCUAUGAAACGUUUUACAACUCCACAGACACAACCAAUAAUUAUUGAUACACUAACACCAAUUGACGAAGAAGAUAACGAAGAGGAGAACGAAGACGACAUCCCAGAGAUAAUAGAAACAGCAGCAUCACCCCUAGAUCCACCAGAGAAAGAGAUAAAACAAAUAGAGUCUGUUUUAUAAAAACACCAUUUGAGAUUUUAUUUCAUUUCAAGCUUUAAGUGGUGGCCGCCUCCAAGUCUGGGAAGUAAUGAUAAAAUCGUUAAAAAAAUCAAUUACUUAAAAAGGUUAAAUUAAUUUUCUUAUGAAUUUACUGAUAAUUGCACAAGCUUAGAGAGCAACAAGAUAAACAAAGAGAGACCUGUUGAAUUUCUUGUUUUUUAUUUACCAUGAAAUUCUUCAGAAAUCAACUUGCUUUUCACUUAUGGCUGUUGAUGUUGUUUAAAAAAUAAAUAAAUAAAUAAAUAAAUAAAAAUUGAAUCAAUCAGUAUCAGUCAACAGUAUAAACCAAGUUAUAUUUAGGAAUGUAAAGUGGACAAUGCUUUCUCACUCAUUCAUCGAUGAGCAAAAUACUCGAAAAUGAAAAAACUGAAAUAACGAAAAAAUGAAAAAUGGGAAUGUACUUAUGAACGACAAUUAAGGGGAGUCAUUAUAGAUGAAUUAUUUUUCAAUCGAGUCGUAAAGAUGAAGACACUGGUAUUCAUUUUAAUUUGUCAAUAAAAAAAAAAAACGAUUAUAUAUAAGCCAUAA